CUCCCUACUGAAUGAUGGUAAAGCAUCUACUCAAUUCCUGGCAGACAACCUGACCAAAGAAUUGGUAGAUCAUAUUAAGAAAUCGCUGCCCUACUUGACUGAACAGAUUCAGACUGGGCUAGUCAAUGUGCAAAGGGAGCUUAAAAACUACGAUCAGGGUCCACCUUUGGAAGUAGAGAAAAUGGGACCUUUUCUGAGUGAGAUAAUAAUGGAGUUCAGUGAUCAAAUAAAUGAACUGAGCAGAACAGGACAUUCAAAAGACAGAAACAUUCAUGCACUCAUUCAUCCUGUGUUCAAGAAUUGGGACAACUACUUAAGAAGCACUGAAGAAUCAUUCACAACAAAAGUGACGGAAAUGAUAGACAAGUACAAUGAGAUGCAUCGGGGCAGAGAAUUGCUUACAUUCAGUGACUUCUGUGAAUUUGAAAGUGUCAUCAAAGACCAUGUGGCAGCCCUUCAAGAGCCAGCUAUGGCAACACUGAAGCAUGUACGAGAGAUUGUUCAGAAUAUUUUCAAAGAGGUGUGCAAAUUAUCCUUUGACCAGUACCCUCCAAUGAGAUACAUUGUAUCUAAAAUGAUUAAUGACAUUCAGUCAAAGCAAGAGGCCAAAGUGGAGAAAAGAAUCAAGGAGUUUAUUGAUAUGGAGCAACUGGUCUUCACCCAGGACAAAGUAUUACAAAGGAAACUCGACAACUCUGAUGUCCCACAGAAAGCUAUGAUGGACACUGACACUAACGUCUACGAUGAUGAGAACAAGAUUUUUAAUUCCAAAGGCUGUGCAUUGUUGGAUACAAGAAACCUAGUUCCAGACAAACUAGUUCUCUAUUAUGAGGUUGUCUAUCAGCGUCUCACAGACUACGUGCCUAUGCUGAUAAUCCUCUUCAUGCUGAAGGAUGCAGCUAAGAUAUUACGGCAUCAAAUGCUAGAACUGAGGAACGAAGCAGAUGUGGUCAAAUUGCUGAGUGAAGACUCAGACCGAGGGCGAAGGAGAGCUGAUCUAAAGCAGCGUCUGGAGCGCCUCACACAAGCUCAAGAAAUGAUAAGCAAUAGACUCUGAGACCAUUUUAUUAGACAUCAGGGGUAUAAAUACAUGUAGCAUAUUAUGGAAAUUUCAGUUUCAGUUCUAUCAAUCAUUGAAAUCAGCGAGACACAAUUUAAGAUACAUGUCGCAAAUUGCUUUUAGA